CUGGUGUGUGGUUCACAGUACACAAAGUGAAGGACUACACCACUCCACCUGAGCGAAAAACAUGCAGAGCCUAACCUCUUUAAGAGGCCGGGUCCUCUCAGAGGAUCAGUUCAGCUGCUCCAUCUGUCUGGAGGUGUUUGUGGAGCCAGUAUCUACACCCUGCGGCCACAGCUUCUGUAAGGCUUGCCUGCAGGGAUAUUGGGACCACAGCAAGAAGUUCUGCUGCCCCAUGUGCAAGAAAACCUACUCCAGAAAACCUGAGAUGAGUGUCAACAGAGUCCUGGCUGAAAUCUCCUCCCAGUUCCAGGGGCUGGUAAUGGCUGGAGGGACUGGUGAAGGUGGAGAAGCUGGAGGAACCAUCUCACGGGGAUCCACACUGACUCCAAACUCAAGUGUACCCCACAGCGGCUCUCCAGGGCCGGAUACUGGGGAGUUUGCACAGGUCGGGGAGGUUCCCUGUGAUGCCUGUAUUGGGAGGAAGCUAAAGGCACUCAAGUCUUGCGUGAACUGCCCCGGGUCUUUCUGUGAGGCCCACCUCAGACAUCAUAAAAAGGUGAAGACCUUGAUAUCUCAUCGUCUGAUUGAACCUACUUUCCACCUGGACGAAAAGAUCUGUAGGAAACACAAGCGUCUUCUGGAGGUCUACUGCCAUACUGACCACAUCUGCAUCUGCACGGCCUGCGCUGAGGCAACACAUAAGUCCCAUGACAUUGUCUCUAUUGACCAUGAGUGGAAGAAAAGGAUGAAUAACCUGGGAAAGAAGAGAUCGGAGCUGAAACAUUUGAUCAAGGAGCGAACCAAGAAACUGGAGGAGAUCAAACAAUCCAUAAAGGUCAUCAAGGCCAGUGCUCAGAAGGAGCUAGAGGAGAGCUGGCAGGUGUAUGCUGAGCUGCAGCAUUUGGUGGAACAAAGCCAGGCGGAGCUGGUGGAGCUGAUUGCCAUGAGGCAACGUGAGGCAGAGCGUCAUGCUCAGGAGUUGGCUCGAGGUUUGGAGAAUGAACUCAGUCAGCUGAGGAGGAGGAGCAACGAGCUUGAAGCCUGCGCAGAGACCCAGGACAAAGUGAUCUUCCUUCAGAACAUGGCAAUGUUGCCACAUCCACCCAAGUCCAUCGACUGGUCGGCGGUCAGCAUCAACACUGACCUGUACCUCGGAACCAUCCGAUCUUCUGUCACCAGCCUCAUGGACAAGUUCCAGGAGGAGCUUAAAAGGCUGUACGGGAAAGAGCUCUGGAAGGUGCAGAACUAUUCAAGUGAGGUGAUAUUGGACCCUGCCACAGCCCAGAAGAACUUAGUCGUUUCCGAUGAUGGUCGCCAGGUGAGGUAUGAAGAGCGCAAGAUCUCCCACUCUGAAGGCCCGAAACGCUUUAGCCCUGCACUCUUCGUCCUGGGCCGAGAGGGUCUGAGCUCCGGGCGCCACUACUGGGAGGUGGAUGUGGGCCGUAAGUCAGCCUGGACGAUUGGCGUUGCCCGUUCCUUAGCACGCCGCAAGGGUGAAAUCAAGCUGAGUCCCGAGGGAGGAUUCUGGUGCCUGUGGCUGAAGAACGGGGAAGUCAAGGCUCUGGCAUCAUCCCGUCUGCCUCUAAUGCUGCCAUCCCCACCCAGUAAAGUGGGAAUCUUCCUAGAUUAUGAAGGAGGCCAGAUUUCUUUCUAUGAUGUGAAAGCACGGUUGCAUCUCUACACCUUCAUGGAUACCUUUAAUGAGAGCCUGCACCCAAUCUUCAGUCCCUGCCUUACCGAGGAUGGGAAGAACUGCUCUCCUCUCAUCAUAACCCCUGUUAAACACACCUGAGCCAGUCAGUCAGCAUUAGGUUAAACUUCUCCAACAUCUUUAGGACAAAAAGGUUUGGUGCAAGGUAUCGAUAUUUUUGCAUGUUGAAAAGGUGAUUUUGUCCUGUGUUUGGUCUUAAAAUAUGGUUUUUAAUCCAACUUUGACAGUUUUACUUGUUUGCAAAGCACAACCUCACACAUAUCCAAUCAUAUCAGCAGGUUACUGCAUUUGCUCAAGUAAAAUUUAGAACCUAAAAGACGUUUUCAGAGCAAUAAAAUGAUAGCAAUCAUUGUGUUACCAGUGUUUCACUGAGUCAAGGGAAAUCAAAAUGUAGCAUAUACUGUACUUUUGCCGACUGACUAUAUAUUAGAGAAAAAUAUUUACAAACUUGUUACUCAGAAGUAAUAGUACCUUCAUAAUAACUCUCUUAUCAAAUUGAAUAUAAAAUAAUGAAGAAUAUCUUGGUGUGAAAACAUCUGAAGGUCUGAAGUCAGUCACUGUAAAGACCAAAUGUGACCUGUGGUUUGUGCAGCCAGGAUGUGUUAAGUUCAGGUCAAGUGAUGCUGUACUUCUGGCACUUUCCUAAGUGUGUAAGUCUCUGUGUAACCUUUAACUACAAGGCUUUGGAGGUUUUACAGAUUACUAAAAUGAACUUAGUGGAUUUAAAUGUAAUGUCUAGAAGCUUAGGUUUGCCUGGGGAACCAAAGGAGACAUAUUGUAUGUACAUAUGGAAGGGCUUUGACAUAGUUUGCCAAGAAUAUUCUUUUGUGUUUUUGGAUAUUUUUCAAGAACCAUCAACCUACAGUACAGUAUAUAAGGCUUUAUUUUUGUAUUAAAUGUUUGGUUUUGUACUUUCAGCAUGAGCAUGUUCAAUAAAGAUGA